AAGUGUCGUUCAGCUCAGAUCCGGAGGGUGUCGCUAUGUCUGAGCUCACUCGUCCGCUCCGCCACCGCCGAAGAAAAUGACGCAGCGCCCCUGACACAGGCGUGUUUUUAGCCUGUUAGCUAGAGAACUACAUCUCCAAACGAUUAACACCGGUCACUCGCCUCGAAAUCAAACAUUUCCUCUGGAUAUAGAAGUGUUCAAAGACCCCGAAUCGAGAAGAAAGGAGAAGACAGAGGCAGAGCAGCUAUGCAGAUCACACUGAAGACUCUGCAGCAGCAGACCAUUCAAAUAGACAUCGACGAUGAGCAGACGGUGAAGGCAUUGAAGGAGAAGAUUGAGGCUGAGAAAGGGCGAGAAAGUUUUCCAGUAGCAGGACAGAAGCUGAUCUAUGCUGGGAAAAUCCUGCAGGAUGAUACGCCCAUCAAGGAGUACAAAAUCGAUGAGAAGAACUUUGUGGUGGUGAUGGUGUCCAAGACAAAAGCACCAGGAUCACCCACUGCACCCUCAGAACCACCCAAAUCUGCCGCUGCGCCUUCCUCUUCCUCCUCUCCUCCUCCCGUUCCAGCUCCUGCCUCCCUUCCCAUCCCAAAAGAUGAGAGUUCAGACGACCCUCCUGCAACCGUGUCACCUGCACAGAGCCCAGAGCGUGCCUCUGGUCUCGGGGCUGAUGGGGAAGAUGCAUCUUCAACAUUAGUCAAAGGUCAGGAGUAUGACGCCAUGCUCACAAAUAUCAUGUCUAUGGGAUAUGAGAGAGAUAAAGUGGUGGCGGCACUCAAGGCCAGUUAUAACAACCCUCACCGCGCUGUGGAGUAUCUGCUCAAUGGGAUUCCUACUGUCCCAGUGCAGGAAACUAGUCCUGCUCCAGCUCAGCUCCCCACAGACACGCAGCCCACAGAAGGUGAGAAUCCGCUGGAGUUCCUGCGCUCUCAGCCGCAGUUCCAGAGCAUGAGGCAGGUGAUCCAGCAGAACCCGUCCUUACUGCCGGCCCUCCUGCAGCAGCUGGGACAGGAGAACCCCCAACUCCUGCAGCAAAUCAGCCAGCAUCAGGAGCUCUUCAUCCAGAUGUUGAAUGCACCCGUGGGUGAGGGUGAAGUCGAGGGUGGAGAGGGCGGAGAGUUUGCUGAUUUGGGUGCUCUGGCUGACGAGGCGGCUCCUGAGAGUUACAUCCAGGUGACGCAACAGGAGAAAGAAGCCAUCGAGAGGUUAAAAGCUCUGGGGUUUUCAGAAGCUCUAGUGGUCCAGGCGUACUUCGCCUGUGAGAAGAACGAGAACCUGGCUGCAAACUUCCUGCUCAAUCAGAAUUUCGAAGACGAGUGAGAGUCGCGGAGAGCCCGCGUGCCCCCCCCCCCCUCCCUGCCACCACACAAGCACUGCAUCUACUCGGGACACCGGUUUCCCCCCAUUAUUUCUUUGAGUUUACAAGUCAAGGGGAGACUCGCAGACUGGUUGGGGACGGGGCGGAUGCAAUCACUCGGUGAACAAAUUCCAAUGGAAUUGACAGCAUUUGGGUUGAAUGCACUCUAGCAUGUUGAAGAAGUGUGCUUGCACGUGUAUAUGCGUGUUCCCUUAGGGAAUAUUUGACUAAAUCAGCAUCAAUUGAAAGCAAACGUCUCAUAGUAGUAUUAUGGGUUGUGAGGAGGUUAGAUGUGGGCAUACGCAUUUGCUUGGUUGUUUUUAGUUUGGGAAAGGAUUAAUGAGAUAUGUCUAAUGGAGGAUUUUAUAUAUUUCUCUAAAAUCAGAGAUAUUUCUGUAUUUCUCCCAGCACACACCUCUGAUGAAUGUGAUAACAGCAUUCACAGAUGAAACAAUUAGUGCAAAUUUUUGCCUUUCUGUAACAUUCGCAGUAAAACAAAAUACCUAAAAUGAUGCUGUUCUGUAAAGGAAUCCAUAUCAUGUAGAAUAACAUAAUCUGAGUGAUGAUCGUUUUGAAUGUACCUGAAUUCAAUAGAUCACUUGUCCUAUUUAAAGUCAACAUGAAAGCUGUUUGCAUUUGUAAGUUUAACAAGAAAUUGAAUUAAGCAAACUGUAGAACGGGACUCAAAAAUGAAGGCUUUGUUCCUUCUUGCCUGACAUUUUAAAUUAUUUUGCUAGAGCUUUUUUUUUUUUUAUUUACAAUACAAUUUGUGCAUAAUUCCAUACAUAUGCUUUAAGAAAGUAAAGUUGACUUUAAAAGCUUCUUAUUUAAAGUUUUAUUUCCGUUAACCGUUGAUGCAAAACAAAUAAGGAUCAUUUUUCAUGACAUUAGCUUUGCUUAUAUUAAUAUGAGGACCAACAAGAGGUUUUUGGCACACUAGAGCUCACUGCAUUUCAGAAGCCAAAAGACCUGUUACAGCGUGAUGAUACUCCACGAUUAAGUCCUGUCAAAGAGAGAUUUCCUUGAAUCAUAUUGGUGUAAAGCUGACAAUGGGUUCCUCUGUUCAUGUAUUGAGAGUAAAGUCUUGUAACAUUCACCUCUUAAAGCAGGUUCAGCGGCGGGAAAGAGCCUUUACAUUGUUUUCGCUCAUAGCAAAGAAACGCUCCUUUGUAAUGUAGAAGCCAAACUGCCAGACAGUAGACUCUUUUUUUUUUUAACUUAUCAGCAGGCCUACAUGAAGUCUGACUUAGUGGAAUGACUUUAAAAUAAAUGGUCAUUUUUGUUAAAUGCAAUGCUUUGGUUGCUGAAUAAUGUAUUGUUAAAUGUAUUAACAUGUGGUGGAAAUCAGCAGAGCUUUGUGGAUGCAGACUCCAUGUAGGCCUGUUUGUUAGGAAAUUAAUCAUUUGAAUUUACUACAGCUUGAACUCCCCUGGGAUCAAUAAAAUCUCAUUGCAAAGAAAA